GUGCUGGGGGGAGAAGCCAAAGUGGAGACUGAGGGGUCAGCUGUGACAGUUGGGCACCCCCACCCUGGGGGAGCCCCAGAGCUGUGUCUACCCCUGUGUCUACCACUAGGCUUGCCUGUUUUAGGGGAAUCUGGGGCAGCCCGGGAAAAAGCGUCCAUAGCAAGCAAAACUUCCUUGCCUGUCCAGACCAGGAAAUACCAGAGUGGGUGCCAUGACAGGGUGUGGCCUGGGGCCCUGAGGGGCCUGAGGGGCCAGGUCUUGGAGAGGGCAAGGGAGGCCUCAGUGACCCUGCCUGCGAGCGACCAGGCAUGGACAGAGGCUAGGAAUGCAGGGGAGAGAGCAGGUCUGGCUGCUGGUUAGAUCGACACAGGACUAGCAGCUGACUCACCUGGGCACGCCAGGACUAGCCAGUUCUGACCUCACCCUGCCCCACAGUGAGCACCGAGGCUGCCUGAGGAGGCAGGAGGCUGGGCCCUGCUGGGAACUUGCUGUGUGCCCGAGGCAAGUCGCCCAGCCUUUCUGAACCACCUCGCUCAGUUUCUCUAUAGGUGCUUCAUGUGCAGCCGAACGCUAAGGAGCCUUGGAGCUGGGUGGAGGGAAAGGGUGCGGAGGCCAUUCUUGUGACCAGAGCCAGGCCCGGAGUCCAGCAUUCUGGCCAUGUGCAGCCCCGAGGAGGAGGCCCUGCUGCGGCUGGAGGAGGUCUUCUCCGCCACCCUGGCCCGCAUCAACCGCCUUGUUCUGGAGCCCCUGCUCACAGCCGAGCCCGCGGACCCCCAGGGCAGAGAGUGCCUUCGGCUCCUGCAGCAGCUACACCAGAGCUCCCAGCGGCUCUGGGAGGUGACAGAGGAGAGCCUGCACUCCCUGCAGAGGAGGCUGGCCCACCAGGACUCUGUUGGUCUGGCAUCCCUGCUGUUGCUGUGCGGAGCCGACCGCGUUCUGCAGGUCCACGUAGAGUACAUCGAGGCCUACACUAGCUGUGUGGUGGUGCAGGCCUUUCAGAAGGCAGCGAAGAAGAGGAGUGAGUACUGGCGGGGCCAGCGGAAGGCGCUGCGGCAGCUCCUGUCGGGCGUGAGCUCAGUGGCCUCUGUGGGCUCAGCGCUGGUCCAGGCCCUCCGCCAGCCGCUCGCCCACCAUGUGCAGCAGUACGUGCUCCUCCUGCUGAGCCUCGGGGACACCGUUGGGGAGCGUCACCCCACUCGGGAGCUGGUGGUGCACGCAGCCACCCUCUUUGGGAACCUAGAGUCCUUCAUGAGGCAGGCGCUGGACCAGGCCACCGCCACGCAGGCCCUGUGGCACACUGUGAGCAGCCGGCUGAGGGAUGUGCUCUGCACCCCUGCUCGCAGACUCCUGCAAGACAGCCAGGACGUACCUGUGACAGUAGCCCCGCUGCGGGCAGAGCGCGUGCUGCUCUUCGAUGAUGCCCUGGUCUUGCUGCAGGGCCACAGUGUCCACACCUUUGAUCUGAAGCUGGUGUGGGUGGAUCCUGGGCAGGACAGGUGCACGUUUGAUCUCCUCACACCUGAGGAAGGGUUCUCCUUUUGCUCCAAGGACCCCCAGAGCCGGAUGGUCUGGCAGUGGAAGGUGACUCAGGCCGUGUGCCAGGCCCUGCGUGGGAAGAAGGACUUUCCCGUGCUGGGGGCAGGCCUGGAGCCCCCAGAGCCCCCCACCUGCCGUUGCGCAGCAUACACCUUCCGCGCCGAGGGCCGACUCUGCCAGGCCACUUACGAGGGCGAGUGGUGCCAUGGCAGGCCCCAUGGCAAGGGCACCCUGAAGUGGCCAGACGGCCGGAAUCACGUGGGGAAUUUUUGCCAGGGCCUGGAGCACGGCUUUGGCAUCCACCUGGUGCCUCAGGCCUCCGAGGACAAAUUUGACUGUUACAAGUGCCACUGGAGGGAAGGCAGCAUGUGUGGCUACGGCAUCUGUGAGUAUGGCACCAACGAGGUGUACAAAGGCUACUUCCAGGCGGGCCUGCGGCAUGGAUUUGGGGUCCUCGAGAGGCCCUCACAGGCCCCGCAGCCCUGCAAGUACACGGGCCACUGGGAGAGGGGCCAGAAGAGUGGCUACGGCAUCGAGGAGGAUGGUGACAGGGGGGAGCGCUAUAUUGGCAUGUGGCAGGCUGACCAGCGCCAUGGCCCGGGGGUCAUGGUCACCCAAGCAGGUGUCUGCUACCAGGGGACCUUCCAGGCGGACAAGAUGGUGGGCCCAGGGAUCCUCCUCUCUGAAGAUGACUCCUUAUAUGAGGGCACCUUCACCAGGGACCUGACCCUUAUGGGGAAGGGCAAGGUCACCUUCCCCAAUGGCUUCACCCUGGAGGGCUCUUUCGGCAGCGGGCCAGGAAGAGGGCUGCACACCCAGGGCGUGCUGGACACAGCUGCCCUCCCUCCAGAUCCAAGCGGCACCCGUAAGAGGCAGCUAGGCGUGGGUGCCUUCCCCGUGGAGAGCCGAUGGCAGGGUGUCUACGGCCCCUUCCGGGACUUUGUUAACACCGGCUGCCCUGGGGACUUGCAAGAGGCCCUCCUGGGCUUCCACGUGCAGAACUCGAGGGACCUUCGCAAGUGCCAGGAGUACCUGUGCUGCGAGAGGACCCAGCCCAAGGACCGCGCAGACAGAAUGGAAGACAUCCUGGAGGAGCUGCUGCAGUACCGGGAGCCCGGAGCCCUGCAGCAGUGCCUCAGGAAGGCUCUGAGCAACUCACUGCACCCCCUGGGCCAGCUGCUCCGGACACUGAUGCUGACCUUCCAGGCCACAUACGCGGGCAUUGGGGCCAACAAGCACCUGCAGGCGCUGGCCCAGGAGGAGGUGAAGCAGCAUGCCCAGGAGCUCUGGGCUGCCUACAGGGGUCUGCUGCAUGUGGCCUUGCAGCGCAAGGGCCAGGCUCCAGAGGAAGACGAAGACGCAGAGACAAGGGCCCUGCAGGUGCAUGGAUUGGUGCUGCCCCUCGUGCUGCCCAGCUUUUACUCAGAGCUCUUUACCCUCUACCUGCUUCUCCAUGAGAGGGAGGACAGCCUGUACAGCCAGGGCAUUGCCAACCUGAGCCUCUUCCCCGACACCAAGCUGCUCGAGUUCCUCGACGUGCAGAAGCACUUGUGGCCCCUCAAGGACCUCACGCUGACAACCAAUCAGAGACUCUCCCUGGUCAGGGACAAGUGCUUCCUGUCCGCCACUGAGUGUCUGCAGAAGAUCAUCACCACGAUGGACCCCCAGGAGAAGCUGGAGGUGCUGGAGAGGACAUACGGGGAAAUCGAGGCCACCGUGUCUCGCGUGCUGGGCCAGGAGCACAAGCUGCCCAUGGACGACCUGCUGCCGCUGCUCAUCUACGUGGUGUCCCGUGCCCGAAUCCAGCACCUGGGAGCCGAGAUCCACCUGAUCCGUGACAUGAUGGACCCCAUCCACACAGGAGGCCUGUAUGACUUCCUGCUCACGGCCCUGGAGUCCUGUUACGAGCACAUCCAGAGGGAAGACAUGAGGCUGCACCGCCUUCCUGGCCGCUGGGACUCCAGGGGGCUCUGGUAGCCCGGCCUCUCCUGGGCCCACCGCAGAGCUGAGAGGGGCCUGGCCCUGGUCGCCCACAGAGUGGAGGACAGGGUGGCUCCUGGAAAUGGUUCCUGGAGGAGACGAGCGGUUAGCUUCUUCCGGGGAGACGCUGCUGCUGCCUGGAGCCGGCUGAGGGUGAGGGUGAGGGUGAGGGUGACGGGCGUGGACCUGAGCUGGUGGCUCCCCCUCCCCUGCGCCCUGCCCCAGGUCAGUGUUGGAUGACCUCCUAGACCUGCGGCAGCUCACGGGCCUUUUCACUGCCUGAGCCAUGCUCCCAGUACGGAGCCUCUCUGGCCUCAGCGUCGCUGUCUGUUUUCCAGUGGAUUAGACGGUCCGUGACCGGCCUCCCACCCAUCUUGCUGGAUUCUGGAGUCCUUCCGGAAAUUUGACUUUAGUAUGCUGGGCUGAAGUUCUCACAUCAUUGUCUGUGUUGUUCCCUGUUUCUCCACUCCUGGUUAGAGGCUCCAAGUUCCUCGGGACCCGCCUCCUUUCCGACUCUGUCCCAGGACUGAGCUGGUGUCGGGGCUGCAGGGCUGGACAAACCUCAGGUCCAUCUGACCUGCUGGAUGGCCUCCGGCAAGGUCCUGAGACCCAUGGGCAAGGGUACGGCAUCAGCAUGGGGCCAUCUGUGCCCAUCCAGGCUUGGGACCCUGUAGGGGCAGGGAGAGCGGGGGGGGGGCACUUGAGGGCCUUUGGGAGAGGAGGGGAGGACUUUGUUCUCAUGGUGGUUCCCGUGUGGGACUGAAAGACACAGGAGCUAGGUCUUGGGGUAGCCUCUGCCCUCCGUCUCUCUGGUCCUUGUCUCAUUUUCCAGGAUGAGGGUUUUCCUUUCAACAGUGAUGGUGACAAGGUGGUAAAUAUUCAUUAUAGUUGAUCCCGAACAGGGCCUCAUGAUCACCUGGGCCGGAGAGCUGGGAGCCCAAGGGGGCCCUGUUCCUUAACACCCUCAGGUGGCUUUCUGACAGGCUGCAUGGGGCCACACCAGCCCUGCCCCCAGGGGCCUGGAUUUGGGGCUGAGAGACACCCGAGAGAUUAAACGGCCUCUCAGUGA